AACUGGUUGGAGAGGGCUGGAGACGCGGCUGCAGGAGAGGAUCCGCGUCCAGUAUUUGGUGGUUGUGAUGUGAAUUUGAGAAGCCUGGUGUUUGCAGAGUCUGAAGAGCUGAGAUUGGAUCACAUAUACUAUCUGAUUCUAGGGUUAAAUUUUAAUUCACUCUACUCUCUCGCUCUCUCGCUUCACGCCUCACACGUUUUCUGUCUCUUGCUCACUCUACUCAGUUCCCUUCCCAAUCGCCGCUCAGCCAUCACCGUCGCCACUCACGGGGAGACUCGCCCUCCUCGACCGACGUUCCCUCCACAUCCUUCAACAAAGUUUCCGGCGUCUGUUCGAGCAUGUGAAUCAUAGGAAGAGGAGGCGAAUUUGGUAAUUUGUUGUGUGUUCGAAAUGGGUGAAAUUUGGUGGUCCCUCUUGGGGGCGGCGAUCCCCGUGGUGGUGGCGGGGCAAGCGUUUCGCGUGAAGAAACGGCGUGCAGAGGAGCAGAGGCUGCAGAGUGCUCGUGGGAGGGAAAGGAGUUCCGAUGAAAUCUUCGUUUGUGAGAGGGUCUGCACUUCAAAGAGGAUGCUCAAGAAGGUUGGUUCCUUCUCCAAGGACCCCAUUCCUGAUACCUGCGUCACCGUUUGCGGCGUUUCCGAUUUAGAUGCCUGUGCUGAUGCCUGUGCCCGCACUGUGUGUAUCAACCAACAUCAAGUCCCUAAUUGGAACGACAUUUGCCUCAGGAGGUGCCAGAGUGAAUGCCUCAAACUCUCUUCUCAGAGUCAGUCCUCGUAGCAGUUGAGUUUUAUUUAGUGGAAUGUGCUUUGUCUAUUCCAUGAUUUUUACUCCAGAAUUCAGAAUUUUUACAACAAAUUCUAUGGAAAUGGAAAUGGGGUUUAUUCCACUAGGUGCUGGUUCAUUUUGUGUUCACUGACUUGAGAUCUAUAUGAUUCUUUUUUUUUCCUGCCUCAUUUUUGCUUUUGCAAGCAUGCAGAAUUUGGAAGGAUGCAGAAUUUGGAAUGAUGAAGUAACUUGACCUCCAUUAACUUAA